AUAAGAUAUCACUUGGCUGCCUAGAGGAGGAUGGGUCGUUGUGUUGCGUAGUAGGAAGGAAGGUUGUUUCAUUGGUGGCAGGAAUUGUUUUUUAAUCUUAUGAGAGAAAACGGUAUGAUGAUGAGUGACACCGGUUCACGUUGGUACGUGCACUGUGCAAGCACAUUGAUGGAAAAUGUCAGGACUAAGUGUACGAGCUGUGACAAUGAGUUGUGAUCCUAGUAGUUGUCCUCGUUUGAUAAAAGAGUCCUUGUCGGGCACUUAUCCCUUUCCUGGUCGUUUGCGUUGGUAUUCGAUAACGCCGGUCCCUCGACACGGUCAACCGUGGAAUGGCAGCAGCCUUAAAAAAGAAUAAUUCACGUAGAAGGUUGGCCGCCUUAACGUUUCUUUCGAACAUCUCCCUCGAUGGCAGCCACCGUGACACCAAGUUAGCCGUUCUAUCGCGAAAUGGUGCUGCUCAUACUCGUACCCUCAGCGACAGUCAAGCUCAUCAGGCAGAUGUUCGUCAAACCGAUCUGGACGUUUCCAGCGAGGAAGUUCUUGAUGAUGGAGCAGAAGAGCACUUAACACAUCCAUCUGCGAAACAAUCAUCGUCACCUCAGCUAGUGCAACAAAAUGCUGAACACAAUUCAUUUAGCUCAAAUUCAGAUGGAGUGUUAACACCUGCGAAGGCGAUGGUAGCUGUUUUUCUUGAACAGGAAAGAAGCUAUCCUCACAUAUCGUCUGGACUUCAUAGUUCGUUUAGAGAACGUACUGGCACUACUGGCAGCGAAUAUUCUUUACCUGAAAGACGAGUAGGCUCGUUACAAUAUAAAAAACGUAUAACUCAUCAAACAUCUACGCUUUCCGAAGAUAUUAAGCACCAAUAUAAUAGCUCUAAUGAAAGCAUUGGCUCUGUACGUUCUAAAUCACAAUCUUCUAAAUCUAAAACAAAGGCAACAAAUAAUAUGCAAUCUGGAUGUACAAACAGUGGUAUUAUACCAGAAGUUACAAGAGAAUUGCGUUUAAUGCAGCAUCCCAUAAACAGCUACAAAUUUGGAGAUGACAGACUAGUUUUGGUUUCUAACAAACGUGUACCGUUCUUAGUAUUUUCUGCUCUUCCAUAUAACAAAGGACAAAGAUCUAGUUGGUCUGAAUUGCGCAAAGAUACAGGAAGAAGAAAAAAUAUUUCUUCACAGCGUCCAUUAUCUGCAAUCAAUGAUAACAUUGAUCCUUUUGGUUUGCUGGGUAUAGAGCGUGCUAAAGACGGCCAGGAAAUAUCUUAUGGACAGUUGCUUGUACCAUCUAGGCAAUUUCAGAAGGACAAAAAAUUACAUUUUAGUGAUAACGAGGCAAUAGAGCUUACACAUGUUAUGCCUAACAAGCAUCCUAUGGUUUCAAGGUGCUUGUCUUAUGAUACAAACACACAUCGUGCUCAACAUUUAACACCUGAAUCCCCUCCAUUGUCUUUUAGUACUGAUUCAAAAGCUUACGACUGGGAUGAUCAAUCGUUGCAAUACAGUCCGAAUUUAUUAGAUGAUCCAGAACUAAUAGCUGGAAAGCAUAGAACACUUCUCACUUUUACAUCAUAUAUGGCAUCAGUUAUCGACUAUGUACGACCAUCUGACUUAAAAAAGGAAUUGAAUGACAAAUUUAAAGAAAAAUUCCCGCACAUUCAACUUACUUUGAGCAAGUUACGAAGUUUGAAGCGAGAGAUGAGGAAAAUAGCGAAAAUGGAAUAUGGUAUUGAUCUAUUGACAGUGGCGAUGGCUUACGUAUAUUUUGAGAAACUUAUUCUUCGAAAUAUCGUCACGAAACAAACACGAAAAUUGUGCGCUGGUGCAUGCUUACUUUUAGCAGCGAAACUGAACGAUGUGAAGGGUGACGUACUUAAAUCAUUAAUAGAGAGAAUUGAAAGUAUAUUUCGUUUGAAUCGCAAGGAUUUGAUAACAUCCGAAUUCGCUGUUUUGGUGGCUUUAGAGUUUGGCUUGCAUCUGCCGACAUGGGAAAUAUUUCCGCAUUAUCAAAGAUUGAUUUACGAGUCUUGAUCUUUUUUUAUGUUUCGUUUACCUAGAUCGAGAACGAUCUCCUCGUGACGCCGAGAUUGUUUGAAUAAUCAUGUAAAGUACAAGGUACAGAUGUUUUUAUACAAAAACGUACAAAGAUGUGAGAGCAAGAGUAAAAAGAAUUUCGGAGAUUAUUAGGUGAAUUCGUUGCUCUUAAACCACGAAAGCAAGGAAGUAAUCAAUAAAAUGGUUACAGACAUUUUGAUAAAUAAGAAUUGUAAGGAUGGGAUGGUAUUCUACAUUUUCCUGUAUGAUUCGAUGAGUUGAUAACUAACUUUCUAUACAUAUAACACUGACAGUUGAAUGAUUUACAAUAAGAAUUACUUCGUUGAUACCCGAGUGCAAAACACACUGUGAAGAAUUGCAAAUAAUGGCAUGUUGUACUUUUGAUAUAUAUUUUAGAAGGUUAAAUUUUUUUUUUUAAAAGUAUUUUCUUCAAUUAUUAAUGUUAAUACCACGGAGUCUUAAUGUACUUGGCGUAAGCAAUAAUACUUUUCUAAAGACACGGUGAUUUUUAAUUACUUACGUGAAAAAUUGAUUUAUGUAGUUUCAAAUAAUUACAACAAAUACGUGGUGAAGACGGACAUUAAAAAAAAAUUUCUACUUGUAUUAUAAAAUCCAUGCUAUUUUAAAACUGUGUUUCAUUUUUAA